AUGUCAACGAAGAAUCUACAACCGAUCAUAAUUUCUCGAUAUAAAUUAUCCUACAUAUGGGAUUGUGUCGACAAAGUAUCACGAAUCAAUAGCGAAGCAAUAUUACCUGAAAACUCGUUGAUGACGUUCACGAAUGAACAGAAAUGUAGUAAUCGUUCGUCCUACGAACCAUCAACCACAACUUACACUGAUCAUUCGAAUUAUUCAUUAAACGAGAAUGGUAUCAGCACAAGCAAGUUACAUCUAACGCUACGUACACAACAAGAUGAUAAUUCGAUCGAACAGGAUACCGUAAAAGAUAUUGGAAAUCAUGGACAAUGGUAUUGUCAACAUUGUGACAAGUUAAGGCAUGCUAAGAAAAAGAUCUAUUUGCUCGAAUUGCCUCCUGUACUCAUUCUUCAAUUGAAACGUUUUAAUAAUGAUCUUCGAUCGUUUUCAAAAAUUGAUACUUUAAUCGAAUAUGAUCUGGAUGAUCUUGAUUUAAAUACUUAUGUUGUUCCAUCACGUCAGGAUAAAAGUAUUCGAUACAAGUUGACUGCUGUUUCUAAUCAUUGGGGUAGGUUCAUUGAUGGUGGACACUUUGUGACUUAUGCUAAACUUCCGACAACUCAAGAUUGGUACAAAUAUAAUGAUGAUCGAGUCGGUAAAAUGGAUAAAAGUAUACAUGUAAACAAUUACAGUGCAUACACUCUUGUUUAUCAACAAGAAAAAAAAGAUUUAAUAAUCGAUACUGCUGUAUAA